GCGAGACAGGCAGUAUAUAAACCGCCUGGGAUGCAUUCACUGCCACUGAAGCACACAGGCCGUGAUUCAAGAUGCCAAACUUGGGAGGUGGAGCUAAGUGUGCGGCGUGUGAGAAGACAGUGUACCAUGCAGAGGAGGUCCAGUGUAACGGCCGGAGCUUCCAUAAGACCUGCUUCAUCUGCAUGGGCUGCAGAAAAGGGCUGGACAGCACCACGGUUGCAGCACAUGAGUCUGAGAUUUACUGCAAGUCCUGCUAUGGCAAGAAAUAUGGGCCCAAAGGCUAUGGAUACGGGCAAGGAGCUGGAGCUCUGAGCUCAGACCCUCCUCGAUAUGCCGGCCUGCAGCCUCAAGAGACUAAACCACGACCAGCUUCUUCAAAUUCUAGUGAGAAUAAAUCCUCCCAGAAGUUUGGAUGUUCAGACCGCUGCCCUCGCUGCUCUAAAGCCGUCUACGCAGCAGAGAAGGUGAUGGGAGCAGGGAAGCCCUGGCAUAAAACCUGUUUCCGCUGCGCUCUGUGUGCUAAAAGUCUGGAUUCGACCACAGUGACAGACAAGGAGGGAGAGCUGUACUGUAAAGUUUGUUACGCCAAGCACUUCGGCCCUAAAGGAUUUGGACUGGGGAACGCCGCCAUGUUGGGGUAACAGCAGUGAACCAUUCUGGUUUAAAGUUCACAUCACUGUCACACGGCAGCUGUUUCAAUGGAGCCAUACACUGGAUGAUAUUUGUAAUACAUGAUUGAAGCACCUGGCCGGGUCAAAUAACAGCUGAGUCGAGGCAUAUUUAAGGUCACUAUUAGAGAUUAACUAAUAAUACUUGUGUUCAUUGUGAGUACACAAUAAAAUGAUUUUGUUACCCUAAAA